CUGGAGGGAGAAACUAUAUUUGUCAACCGGCAAAGCUCGAUAAAUAUGAAUUAUUUAGACACUUAAUUAAGCUUACAGUUUGUACCGACGAUGCUGUAUUCGUGUGUUUGUGCGCUGAGGUCGUCGGUGUCCUUACAAAAGCUGUGCAUCCUCUCCCUGCUGCACAUGAGGACACAUCAUGGCCCUCAGCAGUUGUGGAGUAGAAGUCUGCACAGCGGGACAGUUCGCAGCCUGUCUUCUGGACCACAGUCUCCGUCUCCUCCCACAUUAACAGACUCUUCUGAAUGCACUGACACGCAGCCCUCUCGCAGCACCUCUGCUUGGUCCCCUGAGGAAGGACCACCACCCGCUCCCACACACUGCUGCAUGAGCGGCUGUCAUAACUGCGUGUGGAUUGAACAUGCAGAGCAGCUGUUGGCGUACUACCACGACGGAGGCGACCGUGCGCUCGCCGCUAUCGAGGAGAACGUUCUUGAUGAGAACCUUAAAACGUACCUGAAGAUGGAGAUUAGACUCAUGAAGAAGACGUGACUGAUACGUUGACAUGGAAUAAGUGUUAAUGAGUGUUUUUAUGGAAGAAACCUUCACCGACUCAGUUUAAAGGUGCAUGUAAGAUUUGGCAGAAUUAAAAUCAACAAGUAUCAACGGAAUAUGAAGAAAUGAUAGUUUUGAUGUUAUGUUUAAGAUGUCUAUGUAUUGUGUUGCACUGAUAUCUGAAGUUAGCACACUUAGGCUUUCCCUGUCUCAUAAUACCACUUUAUACCUCAAGAGGUUAGCAAGUCACUGUAGCGUCCAAUCUGCCCUCAGUCUAACAUGAGAGGAAGACGGAGUAUUAGUGGUAGCAGCCCUGAGCCACCUCAGCAGCAACAGUAUGUUUGAGCCAGGCUUAAAGCUGCUAAACGUAUCACUGUCUGACAGGUAAUAUGUCACUUUAUUAAGUUUUAAUAUCUUUAAGGUGAGA